CAUCAGCUGGUAGGCCCUUUAACUACCGAAGUGCAUCAUGGGGAAUGUAGUUCUGUAAAGCGGCUGAAUCCCUCCCGCUCCGGGAACAAGGAAUUCCGUCAAAAACUACGUCACCCACAAUGCCUUGCUGUCAUCGUAAACACAGACCUGUCAAACAACACAAACGCCAUCUUGACAGCACCCUCAAAAUGGCAGAAAGAUGUGAGCUAGAAACCGAGUCCGAACUAAGACUCCUGCCCGGUGCUGUUUAAAAACAGACUCGACAGUUGGUCCAGAACCGAGUGGUAAUGGGGUUGGUGUCCAGCGCGGCAGCUCAGAGCCUGUAAAAUGGACAUUAGCACGGCGGUUUUCAACGCGGCCAGAGAUGGUAAGCUGAAACUUAUCCAGAAGUUGCUGAGCAACAAAACUCCGGAGGAGCUGGAGGCUCUGGCCGAGGAGAAGACCCAGGGAGGCACGCCUCUGCUGAUAGCCUCCAGGUACGGACAUUUAGAGGUGGUGGAUUACCUCCUCGAACACUGUAAAGCGAAUGUCGAACUCGGGGGGGCGGUUAACUUUGACGGCGAGACCAUCGAGGGGGCUCCGCCGCUGUGGGCGGCGUCGGCGGCCGGUCACCUCCCCGUGGUGAAGACGCUGCUCAAACACGGUGCCUCGGUCAACAACGCAACGCUAACUAACUCAACGCCGCUCCGAGCUGCCUGCUUUGACGGCCACCUGGAGAUCGUCCGCUACCUGGUGGAGCACAGCGCCGACAUGGAGGUCGCCAACCGCCACGGCCACACCUGCCUCAUGAUCUCCUGUUACAAGGGCCACAAGGAGAUCGCCAAGUUCCUCCUGGACCGCGGUGCUGAUGUCAACCGCAAGAGCGUGAAAGGAAACACCGCCCUCCACGACUGUGCUGAGUCAGGCAGCCUGGACAUCAUGAAGAUGCUGCUCAAGUGCAACGCUCGCAUGGAGAGGGACGGAUACGGGAUGACUCCGCUGCUCGCUGCAAGUGUAACAGGUCACACCAACAUCGUGGAGUACCUGGCCCACCAGCCUCGCACCUCCAGGGAGGAGCGCAUUGAUGCGCUUGAGCUCCUCGGGGCGACUUUUGUGGACAAAAAGCGGGAUCUCCUGGGGGCGAUGAGGUACUGGAGAAGGGCCAUGGAGCUGAGGCAACCAGGGGACAAAAUCGGAUCUCUGGCCAAGCCUCCACCUGGUCCCCCUAUCCCUGCCUACGGCUGUGCACAGGAGGUGAACACUGCAGAGGAGCUGGAGGCUCUGAUCACAGACCCAGAUGAAAUGAGGAUGCAGGCCUUGUUAGUUCGAGAGCGCAUCCUGGGGCCGUCCCACCCAGACACCUCUUAUUACAUCCGCUACAGGGGAGCUGUGUAUGCUGACUCGGGCAACUUUGAGCGCUGCAUCAGCCUGUGGAAAUAUGCUUUAGACAUGCAGCAGAGCAACCUGGACCCUCUCAGUCCCAUGACGGCCUCCAGUUUCUUAUCUUUUGCAGAGCUCUUCUCUUUUGUUCUCCAAGACCGGGCCAAAGGCACCUUGUCAACGCGCAUCACCUUCCACGACCUGAUGACUGUGCUGGGGAAAAGCGUGAGGGAGGUGGAGAGAGCGGUGGCGCAGAGGGACAACCCACCAGAAGCUCCGCAGUUCACCAAAGCCCUCUCCAUCAUCCUGCACCUCAUCUUCCUGCUGGAGAAGCUGGAGUGCAGCCCCGAGCAGGAGCAUCAGAAGAAGCACACAGUGUACCGCCUGCUGAAGCUCAACCCUCGAGGCCGCAGUGGCUUCACCCCUCUCCACAUGGCCGUAGACAAGGAAACCACGUCAGUGGGCCGCUACCCUGUGGGCCGCUUCCCCUCCCAGGCGGUGGCAGCUCUGCUCCUAGAGUGCGGCGCUGACGUCGACUCGCGGGACUGCGAGAACAACACUCCGCUGCACAUCGCUGCCAACAACGGCUGUCCGGAGAUUAUGGCGCUACUUAUGAAGGCCGGGGCUCACUUUGACGCUAAAAAUGCACAGAGGAAGACGGCCUACGAGCUGCUGGAUGAGCAGAGCAGCGGACACCCAGCCCUCUACCCGCUCAACUAUGUCACCCUUCAGUGCCUGGCGGCGCGUGCAAUAGAAAAGCACAGACUGCCCUACAGGGGACUGAUCUCUGAGGAGAUGGAGGCUUUCAUUGAGCUGCACUGACUUCCACCUCUGUCCCAUGAAGAGGCACCCCUGCACUACUUUUCCUGUUGACCCCCAUACCUUAGUACGACCUGCCACAGACGUCCCGCUCCACGCCAUUCUCCCUCUUCAUUGUCUUCUUUUUGACAUCCGCUUCGCUCCUGUCAGACCAAACCGUAGCAAUAUACAUCCAGCCGCAGGGGUUCAAAUCUCUGGCUGAUAUCUGGUCAGUUAUUGCUCGACUUCUAACCUGAAGACAUGUAGACUUUCAAAGUGAUUGUUGGUUCCUACUGCUGUUUAAAGCUGGGUGAAACUUCCAACUUAAUGUAGGCUUUAAUGCAUUUUCCCCCCCUUUUUUUUCCCAGUUAAAAGGAGACUUAUGAUACGAUGGUGCUUGUGUGUGUGUGUGUUUGGUGGUGGCUGGACUGUACGGAAGAUGGGUUUUAGCAUUUACUGAUAGGAAGCACCUGAACAAACUAGCCAGAAAAAAAUAAAACAUGCAUGGAAAUGAAGAGUGAAUAUUGUAGCUCACUUGCAAAUUCAUUCAGAAAAGGAUGUGUUUGAACAAACUUUGCUCGCUGGCAGUUUUUCUUUGCCCGGUUCUGCCUGUUCACACGAAACCAUUCUCUAUACGGGAAGGUGUUGAUUUUACUGUGCCAAAUGUCAGCCACCCAGCCGUGUUCUGUUACAGACUGUUAACUGGUGGCAGAAAAUGAAAAGCAACUAACUUAACUUUAAUUAUAAGGAGAGGUAAUAACCUACAGGUGAUACAGGAGUUACAUGAAGCUUCCAGUUCCAGAAGAUAUUUGAUAUUGUCAGACUGUGACUUGAUUUGACUUGGCUUUAUAACUUUGAGGAUAAGCAUCCUCUCAAGGUAUCCUCAUGUGAAAAGAGCAGGUGCCAUUGUUUGGCUAACACUCCCCAGUUCUCCCCACAUAUGUUUUUAACCUAUGCAGUUUAUGAUAUUCCAAUUAGAGGCCAUGGAUUCACUACAUGAACAUAUUUUUCAUGGGAUUUAUUCUUCCAUUUUACAUGCUAAUCCUAACCAGAUGUUGACCACUGACCAGAGGCUGCUUCACUGACAAUGAAUUGGCAUCUCGAGAAUGUUUUCUUAAGAGAUCUGCCUAUGUCCAAAUGAAUAGUUUCAAACUGGAGCUCAAAGUGUGCCUACAUACCUCUUCUUCUGUGUAAUGUUAACAAAACCAGAGAUGUCUAAUUCGCUGUCAGAGAGGCGGCAUCAGAAACAGAGCAUUUUGUGAUGAUAACGGAGCUCAAGCCCUCCAGUUAUUCUCCAUUAGAAAAGUCUGUUCAAGAUCAUGUGUCAAUUCUGUUUUUGGAGUGAAUUUUCCCUUUAACCUCGGAUGCAGCUCACAGAAAUGGAAACACACGGCUCCAUUCCUGCAUCUUAGUCUUAUUUUUAAAUGGUCUCUCUUUUGUUCAUCUUGUGUCAUCAUGAAUGUUUUAUUUGUUUGUCUGUGCGAAGCACCACCAAGUCGACUGCACACUGAGAGGCUCUAAAUCCGAAAUAGACAAACUUACAUUCAGGCUAUCUGAACAGUCGCUGCCUUUCUCUUUCUCAACUGAUUCGUUUAACUGAUGAUAACUCGAGAACAAAAGUGUGUUGGAGAUACUUGAAUAAAAUUCAGUGUCGCAACAUGA